AUGGAGCACUCCUGGUUGGAUGGGCCAGUGCAAACCGCGCAGAAAGAGUGGCAAGAGGAGCACCUAUGGUCUAGCGCGACCGUGCUAUUCAUCCAAAAGCCAUUAGGACAGGUCAGGAUGCAGACUGCGUUGUGGAGCGCAGUUUAUGUUGCAGGGCUGGCAGGUAAAGGAGCUAUUGACUGCGUAUUGCCCGUAGGGACAAGUAGUAACGCAGUAGGUGGUACCGUAGGAAAGGUAGUAGUAAGUGUUCGUGGUUGCAUCGAUCCUGCAGGAGUAACACUGGAUGGUGGAGGGACCGAAGCAGAGAGCGCAGGCAGGAUUGCAGGCAACGCAGGUAUUGUUGGAGCUCUAUCCGUACAUUCCGUUGGGACAGUUGACCAGGCACUAAUUGGAAAAGUAGUAGUAGAGGAUGCCCGAGACGUUCUUGCACUUCUGACAGGUGGUGGCAGUCUGGUUGCAGAGCACGCAGGAGGGAUUGCAGGGCUGGCAGGAGUGGUCGCUGAGGACCUAGAACUAGCCGCCUAUGCAAUCUGCCUGGCAGGUAUUGGGAUAGCCUGCCCUGACGUACUGGCCGAUGGGGCAAGUGGUCGUGCAGAUGGAGUUGCCGAUAGUGAGGUAGUAGACGGUGGUCGAGGAGUUAACAGGGUCGGUGUAGUUGCGGCAGGCCUGGCAUUCGAAGAGAGUGGGCCCGGUGCAGAUGAGACAGCCGACGUUGCAGGGUAUGCAGGUAUUGUUGCUGAUCUCCUGGUACAUGCUGAUGGAACAGGACUGCAGACACUUGUUGUUUUCGAGGAAGAGGUUUAUUCCGGUGGCAGUGUGGCUGCAGGUGAGGCAGUAGGUGGAAGUUCCCACGCAGGUGUGGCAGUUGGGAUCGCAUGGGUAGCAACUGUUAGCAGGAAUAUUGCUGUACUGACCAUCAGGACAGAAAGUGGCGCAGGCGUUCAAGGUGCAAUUGGUGGAGGUGAUGCUGCAGGUGAGACAGCUGGGAUCACAGUAGGCGCAGGCAUUUGUAAGGAAAGCAUUGAUGAAUUGGCCGUUGGGACAAGAUUGGCUGCAUGUGGUUGCAGCCAUCACCUUGUAAUAGAUCUCUAUGGUGCCACUAUUGUUGUAAUCUCUGCAGACUGUGAGGAGGCAGCUCGAGCCGAAGAGGUAGAGGUUGGCUCCGAUGCUGGAGAAGCCGCAGGUGAGGCAGAAGGACGAGGUGGAGAUACAGGUGAGGCAGUUGGCGUUGCAGAGCAUGCACUUAAAGCUGGUGGAGUUGGCGUACUGGCCAUUCGGACAGGUCUAGUUGCACGUGUUAGUCCCGUAGAUCAGGUAGUAGUUGGUGGAGAGGCUGGAGACGGUGCAGGAGUAGCAGUUGGUGAGAGCUCCGCCGAAGCAGGUGAGGCACCCAUCGGCACAGUUGGUGCACUGGUUGUUGGAAAGCUUGCCGAACUGGUUGGAGGGACAGGCAACGGUGCAGGUGGAGCCGCUCAGGAAGUAGGCAAUUCCAUUCACGUUUUGGCACGAUUGGCAAGUGGUGUAGGAUGUGCAAGUUGCGCACGCAGAUACACAGGUAGUGCAGACAUUUCCGACACUAUUCGCGAAUUCGCCACUGUUGCAGCCACUGAGGCAAGUGGUAAGACCGAUUUGCAAAUAGUAGCUGGAACUGCAAACUGUACAGGCUGUGUUGCCUGA